AAAAGAAAAGAAAAAAAACAACAAAAGAAGAAGAAGAAGCGUAAAAAGCGUCGCAGCGCUCGCUCGCUCUGACACCGCAGCGUCUCUACGUCAGGGUCGGACUCAGAGUCAACCCCUCUCCCAGUUUUCAGGUCUCGCAGAAUGGGAGCGUUUUCUAAGGAGUAUGGCUACGUUGUGCUGACUGGUGUCGCCAGCAUGAUCAUGAUUGGACACCUGGCCAUCAAUGUGGGAAAAGCCCGGAAGAAGUACAAAGUGAAGUACCCACAGAUGUACAGUGAUGAUCCGGAACAUGGACAUAUCUUCAACUGCAUCCAGCGUGCACACCAGAACACGCUGGAGGUUUACCCCCCCUUUCUCUUCUGCCUGGCAGUUGGUGGUUUGCAUAGCCCUCGUCUAGUGAGCGGGCUGGGAGCAAUGUGGAUCAUUAGCAGGGAGGUGUACGCACAUGGAUACUCCACUGGAGAUCCCAAGAAGAGGAUGAGGGGUGCGUUUGGAAACGUUGCCUUGUUGGGGAUGAUGCUGACCACUCUGAGCUAUGGGGGCCACCUGCUGGGCUGGAGGGGCCCGGGGCGCCUGCGGAUGUUCAGGGGUGCAUCUUACUAAUGAGUGAGACCUGCUGAUGUCGGCAAUCGGAAUUAUGUUUUAUGGCGACUGCACGUAGUAUCCGCUCAACUCUGAACCGCUCAACCAGCUUUGACGGUUGUGUCGAAGCUGGAAAGUAAUCCGACUGGUUUUUUUUCUAGAUGCAGCCACUCCCAUUUGAGAUGAGUUCACCUGCAUAAUGUAAUAGCUGAACCCUCAUUGUAGAGAAUUGUGGCUUUUGUUGUGUAAUUUUUGAACCAAAGAUGGUCAGUCAGUCGCAACACAACUUCCAAUCUGUCUGCAUUAAGCCUAUGUGAUAUACAUGUUCUGUCGUGAUUGCCUCAAGCCAGAAUUUCAUUCUGGAUUUUGUAUAUUAAAAAUCUCUACACUUCUA